AUGGUCCAGAAGAUGGGGCUUAGAAUCCACACUUCAAGCGGAAAAGCCAACUCCUUCAUUAUUGGCUGGAUAUAUCAAAUACAACUAGAAUCUCCGGGACGGGACGGGGUUAAAAUAGGCCGAGUUCUUAUCAACGAUAAGAUUCGCUCGGUGCAAGCGCAAAGGUAUCAACCUUUUGUACCUCCAUCACCAGCAUCGCUGGGAAAAGCUGCACCUCCAAAACUAUAUCCAAGAACGAUAAAAUGGGGGCGAAGACUACUAUAUGUGUCGGCGGUGACAGGCAUUGCCUACCUCAUAGACACACAGCUAUACGCAUCGUCUAUUACCAGAUCACUCCGGACAUUUGGCUUGGGUAUAUUGGUAGCAAUCGAUUAUAAGCUCAAUUUCCGGCCAAAUCCAAUUCUUGGAGGUGAUAUUACGGAUUUGCAUAGGAGAAAUGCCGAGAGGAUGUUCAAUCUAUUACACCAGAAUGGGGGACUGUACCUGAAGAUAGGCCAAGCCAUAGCAAUGCAGUCUGCAGUUCUACCCCCGGAAUUUCAGAAAAUGUUCGGGAGGAUGUUUGAUGAUGCUCCUCAGAAUGAUUGGCAUGAUGUAGAAAAGGUUAUACGGGAAGAUUUUGGUGGGAAAAGCCCAGAGGAAGUUUUCGGUGUCAGUUAUACGAAUAAGCCUGGGAGUGGAAUUAUUGAGACAAAAGCUAGAGCUUCAGCGUCUGUUGCACAAGUACAUUGGGCGAGACUGGCAGAUGGGAGAGAAGUGGCAAUCAAGGUGCAAAAACGAGAGAUUGCUAGCCAAGUGGGUUGGGAUCUGUGGGCUUUCAAAGUAGUGAUGAAAGUAUACACGUACUGGUUCGACCUCCCUCUAUACAGUCUAGUGCCAUAUAUCACGGAACGCUUAAUGUUGGAAACGGACUUUGUAAAUGAAGCAAAUAACUCGGAACAAAUGGCCGGAUUAGUUGCAGGUGAACCACGAUUGAAUGGACGCGUUUACAUACCCAAAGUGUAUCGGGAUCUUUCCUCCAAACGAGUCAUGACGACAGAAUGGAUCGAAGGUGUACGUCUUUGGGAUAAAGAAGCUUUGACAGCUCCUUGGUAUGGUGGGUAUGGAAAAGGAUCACCUGGAGCCAAAGGGGCCCCAUUAUCAAGCCCCUCGCCAGCUAGCUCGAAUAAUAAUUUCAAACCUGAUCGUAGCGGGGAAUGGAGAGGUCGUAAUGGCAAAGGUGGUCUAGGCCUCAGUCUCAAAGAAGUUAUGACCACCAUGGUUGAUCUCUUCUCCGCACAAAUGUUCCUCUGGGGAGUCGUACAUUGCGAUCCCCACCCAGGAAACAUUUUUAUUCGACGACAACCCAAUGGCCAAACGGAACUUGUCCUCAUCGAUCAUGGCCUAUACGUUUCUAUGACUCCCACGUUCCGCCACCAAUACUGUCAAUUUUGGAAAGCCAUCAUGACCUUUGAUAAUACCUCCCUCAAUGAAAUCACCUCUGCUUGGGGCGUCAAAGCCCCCGAUCUAUUCGCAUCCGCAACUCUCAUGCGACCAUAUGACGGUGGCGAUAGUAGCACCAAAGAUCGCAUCACCCAAGACCUCAAGGGCAAAACUGCAGCCGAACGUCACUACGAAGUCCAAGAGAGACUCCGCCAAGGAAUCCGAGACGUCCUCUCCGAAGAAGAAAGCUUUCCCCGUGAACUCCUCUUCAUAGGUCGCAACAUGCGCAUCGUACAAGGCAAUAAUCAAUUCCUGGGCUCCCCGGUUAAUCGUAUCAAAAUGACGGGCUCGUGGGCUUCCCGCAGUUUGGUCGAUAGCAAGGAUUUGAAUUGGAGAGAAAGAUGGGUUAAUGGCUGGAAACAUCUAUUGUUUAGGUUUGUACUGCUGAGUAGUGAUAUGGUGUUUUGGGGAAGUAAGAUUAGACAAUGUUUGGGUUGGGGAGGGGGUAUGGAAGAUGAUAUUGAGAAGCAGAUGAGGUUCUUGGCCAAGGAUCAAUUUGGAGUGGAAUUACAACAUGAUGUGUUUGAAGGCUGA